UACCUCUUCUGCACAUAUCAACUCUUCAGUUUCUCAUCAGUCUUCUUUCUUGAGUUUCGCUACCUCUUCAUAUUCGUAAAUUCUUCCAUUUUGGCAUUUUCUUUCAUUUUCUAUAGUAACAUUCUGUUGUUACAUUCCCUUUGUGUAUACUUCUCUUUCCUAUAUACUUAACUUCUAACUAAAAUAUUCAUCUCGCAAGAAAUUAACGGCAUCUAGCUCGAUGUCAUCCCGUGGAACUUGGACUGCCCAGGAGAACAAGGCCUUUGAGAGAGCCCUGGCUCAGUACGACACAGACACGCCUGACCGUUGGGCCAAAGUUGCAAGAGCUGUCGGAGGGAAAACCCCAGAAGAGGCGAAGAGGCAUUAUGAAAUUCUUGUGGAAGAUGUUAAAUACAUUGAGAGUGGCCAAGUGCCCUUCCCCUACUACAGGGCCUCCAGGGAGACUAGGAGCAGAGGAUAAAAAUCUGAAAGUUCCAGAGAAGCGUCGCCACAAUCAACUCAUUAACGUCCUCUUGUAUUUCUUCCGGGAGCUCGUAGCAGCAUAAAAUAAAAAGACAGUUCACCUAAAACUUGAUGAUUAGAAUCACAAGCAAUGUGUUGUUUUCUCUUGUAUACUUUUUAGUUUCUAUAUGUAAGCAUGUGUAUUAUGAUCAUAAUGAUCAAUGGAGGAAGCCUGUGAAUUCCGUCCCUUCUGUAAUAAAUCUUCAAAUAGUGCAAUUUUCCCUACUCUUUUAA